CAGCAUCCCUUUUUUCCUCACAAUUCACAAAAAUGGCGGAAGUGGAGGGUCUGAGGUUCGACUCAUCAAUCAAACGGGUUAUUUUUGAGUUAAAAGGACUGCUGGUUCGCCUCAAAGGUCCCAUUGGUCCUUAAUUAUUUGUCAUUAAGUUAACGGAGGCAAAUUCCAGCAUCAUAAAAUAGAGUUGUUGGCUGUAAACCUAUACAAAGUUGCUGAAACCUCACUGCUGAAAUAUCAAAUGUUUUACUGGUAUAUAGAGGGAGCCCUAGGUUUCUGGAAACUUUCAUAAUUGGAAUCAGAUAAGGGUUUAAGGAUUCAAAAACAUUUAGUAUGAUUGAACUUUCUCAUGAACUUGCUUUUAUACUUUUUUGAAUGGUGGGUUUAAGAUAUUAUAGAUAUUAGUACGACUUAUAAAAAAUGGUUUUUCUU